UGGGCUCCUAUUAUCUCUAUCUUAUUGUGUCAUUGAGCAGUAAUAUUAACCCUUUGAGUACUGAAGGUGUUAUGUCAUCGUAUUUAAUAUUCAAUGGGUUAUAUUGUACUGUAUGGUAUUAUCUGAGGUAUAUUUAGAUAUAUGUCAUGGAACAAGGUUAUUCCUUCUUGAUAUAACCAGUGUUUAUAUACUUGUUAACUGUUGUAUUUGUGGGAGUAUGUGGGAAUAGUAAUGGGUUAAUAUAUAUAGUCUCAAACAGUGGUACAGGUCACCCAAAAUCAGGUCACUUUUUGGUAAAUUUUUAACUUAACACUCGAGUUGUAGGAAUUUUUAUCUUUAUUAUACUUAGUUUUGACAAUUUUAAGAUACUUUUCUUUUAUGACGUUUCCAUCACAAAUUACCUAACCUAACCUAACCUGGGGGAUCCACCCUCCUGGACCUACCAGCAUAUAUAAGGCAUUUGUGAGGGAAAUGUCAUCGAAGAAAAGUGUCUUAAAAUUGUCAAAACUACUUGUAAUAUACUCUUUUAUUGUAUACCUAACAGAAAUGUCAAAACAGGUUGAGGGUUUGUAGUUUUCAUAAUAUUGGUGAUUUUAAUUUCUUCAUCAUGAACCCUAAAAUAUAAUAUGUUGCAUAUUCUGUGAUCAGAUAACAGUACAGUAUAAUAGUGUAGAUAGAGUGAGGUUACAUUAUUUAACUCUUUAUCUCUCACACAGUCAUCUAGUUAACAUAGAUGCAUAACCAAGUUCCCGGAAGAUAAGGAGAGGACUUGUUCUCUUGGGUGAGACUGUUGCGGGAUGUGGCUGUUUGGUGUUGGCUUCAUAGUUCACUUGAUAUUCUUUGGGUCGGUGUUUGAUAUUUAUUUCCGGACACCAUUGAGCCAGGGCAUGACCCCACACCUGCACCAGCAGCAGCCAGCGGCUCAGAGACUCGUCCUCGUAGUUGCCGAUGGACUCAGAGCGGACGCUUUUUAUGACUACACAAACCAAACUACAAGGGCACCAUUUCUCAGAUCUGUAAUAGAAACAAAGGGAACCUGGGGAGUCUCGCACACACGAGUGCCCACAGAGUCUCGACCUGGCCAUGUUGCCAUCAUCGCAGGCUUCUAUGAAGAUCCAAGUGCCAUUGCUAAAGGCUGGAAGGAGAACCCUGUUGAGUUUGAUUCUGUUUUCAAUGAAAGUCGCCAUACUUGGUGUUGGGGCAGCCCAGAUAUUCUUCCAAUGUUUGCUUCAGGCUCGGAAAGAGGACACAUUGAAACAUUCAUGUACAAGGCUGAGGAAGAAGAUUUUGCCAGAAGUGAUGCUUCCAAGUUGGACACUUGGGUAUUUGAGAAAGUAGAGGCUUUUUUUAAAGAAGCAGGGGAGGACAAGAAACUCAAUGAACGGCUGCACGAAGAUCGUAUUGUGUUCUUCCUUCAUCUUUUGGGACUUGACACAAAUGGACACUCUCACAAGCCUCAUUCAGAGGAAUACCUGGAAAAUAUUCUAAUUGUUGACAAAGGAGUUAAAAGACUAGUGGAAAUGUUUGAAGAUUUCUACAAGGACCAAAAAACAGCUUAUAUCUUUACUUCAGACCAUGGCAUGACUGACUGGGGUUCUCAUGGAGCGGGAGACCCAAGUGAAACUGAAACACCCAUUGUAGCCUGGGGCUCUGGUGUAGCCUUACCAAAAGAUCCCUCUGAGUUCAAGGAGAAGAUGAUCUAUGAUGCUCGUGUGGAGAAGUGGGGACUCACUGGCGUACGUCGACACGAUCUUCACCAGGCUGACAUUUCUCCUCUUAUGGCAUCCAUCAUUGGUAUCCCUAUCCCAGUUAACAGUGUUGGUGUACUACAUGUUGAGUAUCUAGGAACAUCGGAUGAAUACAAAGCAGAGGCUCUGUUUGCCAACACUCGCCAGAUGCUUGCUCAGUACCAACAAAAAAGAGCCCAAAAGGAAGAAGAAACGUUACCCAUCUUCUACUGGCCAUACUUGAGCCUCACACCAGAUAGAGAACUUGAAUCCCUGGGAGCUAUUCGUAACCACUUGAAAAAUGCCGACUACGAGGAAGCGAACAGUGAAAGUCUUCGUCUGAUCUCCUUGACACAACAUGGCAUGGACUACUACCAUCACUAUGACCGUUUGACAUUGUCUGUCCACAUUGCUCUGGGAUUUCUAGGCUGGAUAUUUCUCAUUACCUGCCAUCUGUUGAGGGAUCACAGUGCUGUCCUGAGGAUGGCCGGGGGCACCAUAGAGGGCCGGAGGGUGUGGCGCUCAUCUGUGUUGAUGGCUCUAGUGCUGAUAGUUUGGGGUAUAACUAACCUCACCAAGCUUAUAGGGCAGCAGCAUCCGUGGCAGCAUUACUUGUACUUAAUGACACCAGUCGGCUUAUGGGCCCUCGUUCAUCAGAGCUGCGCCCCCUUGAGAGUUGCCUGGCUCCUCGUAUCGUCUUUCAACAUGGUUUGGGAAGUGGCCAUACGCAUUCUUUUCAUUUUCCUUGGGAUUGAGAUUUUGGUGAUGGCCUUCUUCAUCCGACCAAUGCUCUCCGUGGGACUGUUGUGUAUCGGGCUGUGGCCAGUCAUUAUGUACUCUAUGCAGGGGGCAGUGGAGAGAUCCAUGAGGCUUGUAUGGAUUGGAGCAUGCAUAUUACUUGCCUCCUUUACCUAUAUGCCUGUUGUUGGCAAGGAGCCAUAUUAUCCCUGGGUGGAAAUAGCUGGUUUAGUUGCAUUUUCCCUUGGAGGAAUUGGUAUAUACUGUGUUGACAUGGGACACUCAAAAAUAAAACAUAGGACAAAAAAGAAAAGGUGUGGCGGGGAGGGCGGUCUUCCUCGACACAUCCCUCCUGUAGUGUACAUCCAAGGUGCGAUGGUCAUAGCCUCUGUGUACUUGGUCCACACUACAGCCUUUAGCAUUAGGCAAAAGGAAGGUUUACCGUACAUCAACCAACUAGCAGCAUGGGGCUUACUAGUGCUUUCCUUUAUAUUACCGCUGUUUGGAUCACGAAAUGUAAUGGGUCGACUUCUCUCAGUCACGGCAUCACUCCUGUGUCCUUUUCUGCUACUUUGCAUCAGACACGAAGGGUUCUUUUACAUUGCCAUCACUAUUGCAAUGUUUUUGUGGCUUCUGUUAGAAUUCUACCUUGCUGGUAAUAACGUACAGAUUGCAAUGCUUAAGUUUGCAACGUGGGGCAAGGAAAACAGCGAGGGUGGAGAGAGAGUCUUGGAGUGGUCAGAUGUCCGACGUGCAUACUUCUUUUUAUUCUUCAUUGUGUUAGCAUUCUUUGGCACGGGGAACAUAGCUAGUGUGAACAGUUUUGAUCCCAGCUUUGUGUACUGCUUCAUCACUGUGUUUUCUCCGUUCAUCAUGGGCAGUUUGUUACUCUUCAAGAUCAUCAUCCCAUUUCUGCUCGUCACUUGUUUCUUCCACGCUAUCUGCACUCUCAUUGAGAUACCAACACGUGCUCUAUUCUACAUGUUCCUGGUGAUGUCAGACUUCAUGGCCCUUCACUUCUUCUUCCUCAUUAGGACAGAAGGGUCAUGGCUGGACAUUGGAACUUCACUCAGCCAUUAUGUUAUCUCCAUGGCAACUACACUCUUCCUUAUUCUCCUUCUCUUUAUUGCAAAGUUUCUUACUUCCUUUAAUAUUGGAAAACCUCCAAAAGAAGGUGAUUGUGUACUCCCAAGGGUGUCAGUUAGUAGACCUCACCGAGACUAAUUAUGAAAGAGACCUCAGCAGGUUGCACCCUAUUAAUGCUCAAGAAUGUAUGUACUUGUAAAUGUGUUCAUGGACGUAAACACUUUUAUCAUUUGAAUAUGUUUUGUUAUAUUUGUUUUUGUGAUAGGUUAUGAAUUGUGAUAUUUUUAGUUAUCACUGACCGAGGUACUGAAUGUCUUAAGAAAGAAAAUGUCUCAAAAUCAUAGUGAAGAAGAAGAAGAAGAAGAAGAAGAAUUUUGCAGCUUGGAUAUUUUGAAUUGUGUCUUCCCAGUGUUUGCAACUUCCCUACAUUUUGGACUGAAAGCUAAUUAAAAUGUAAGUUUCUCUUCCAGUUACAACCUUACCUCUUUAGUUACAAUGGGUACUGGGAAGCAAAGGUCACCACUUGACCCUUUGGGGAUGAUGUUUAACUCUUUGAGGAUAAUGUUUUAACUUCUUGAGGAUAAUGGUUUAACCCUUUUUCCCUAUGAUAACAAUAUUUUAACCUUUGAGGACAAUGAUUUUAACCUCCAGGACUGAAAGGGUUAAAAAUGGUAAGUGAAGGUUGAUGACAACUUUCAUGUACUCAAAAGAAGACAAAGCUGACUUACCAAGUAAUGGUUGGUACUUACUAUUUCCUCUGGCUAAGAUUUCCAGCUUUCAACCUUCAGUAGUAAAUAUUACCUCCCCUCCUCUUUGAUUAAUGGGAUAGGGUUGUGAUAAGAAGGUCAAUUAAGUUUUUAAACAUUCAGUCAAAAAUAUCAUGAGUCUUCAGAAACUUAUAGCCUUAUCUGGCUGUAAUUGAGUUGCCUGAUUCAGGCCUUGCCUGUGAGAUGGUGUUUCAUUAUCAAUCCUUGAUAUUUAUAUAUGGAAUCUAUUGGACUUCUAGUGUUUUGCAAAAAAUAGUUUGACUAUCUUUGUUAACUUGUAAAGGGUGGAGGACAAAUGAACUAUUUCAUACUAACAAAUACACUGAAUCCUCAUUAAUUUGGUAUUUAUUGAUUUGAAAUUCGCUCUAAUUCAACAGGUUAUGGUGCUGAAGUUCUGGGGUUAAUUUUGGCAUUUGGCCAAUGUCUGCUAAAUUGCCAUGGAACUUCCAAAAUGAGUGUGAAAAUUUGUAAAUUUGGGCUAAUUCAGUCAAUUCAUUAUUUCAGCUUGGCCAGAGCCUCAUCCAUGCCAAAUUAUCGAGAAUUUUCUAUACAAGGAAUGAAAAUAAUAUUUUGAAAAGAUCAGUCAUUUGUAAAGAACUGUUUUCCACAAACUUUGUCAUAAAGAGUAAUCAAGUGUUGAAAUUUUGAUAUUGAAGUACUGUACUGAACUGAAAACAAGAACUGGUGGUCCUGCCUAGGUGUUGUAAUUAGUAGUACAGUACAAUGUAGCUUUUUCAUAACUUGAUGCCCAACAGAUCUCCAUCAGAGCCCUUUACCCUACUGAAACACAAUAUAAUACCUGUGUAUUGCCUGUUCCAAAUUCUGAACAACCAUCCAGAGCUGACAUUAAAGUUCUGGUGGCUAAGGUGUCAGCAAGACGUUUUACAGGGUCUUUAACCUUGAUGCCUUGUACUGGUACACUCUCGGUGCAUUGCUGUGUAUAUCAUGUGUACACUGCAUCAUCUAGAACUAGAUCCACAAAUGGCUGCUUCCUCUCACAAGAUACUUAUGUCUUGGACCCGCCUGUGUCAAUACUCUAUGCCUUGGCCCUGAGUUUAUUCUUGGCAUGAACAAAAUCAUAGAAGGGUGCCUUCCUGAUCCCACACUUUUUGACGAGGGUUUUUCUGUUGACCUCUUACUGAUGCAGUAAUGUACUCCUCUCCAACUUUACCUGCAAGGACAGGAUCUUCUUCUUGGAAGGUGUAGGGGUAUGAGACAUUGAUGGAGUGGAGGAAGCCAUCACAACACAAAAAGUUAGUAGUAAAUCACUAAAAGUUUAUGGAAAUGAUUAUGCAGUGAGGCACGGUGCACUGAUAUGAUACAUAUGAAGGCAGGACUCAGACUGUGGCAUGUGACGCCUACACACAGGCAUUCAACUGCAUGUAUGUACACGCAAACCAGCUGGACUGAUGCUAGAUUUUCCAGACUUUUUUUAAAGUGUUUCCCGUGAAUGGUGGGGCGAUCUGGAGCACCUCGGAGAAUAAAAAAAAAAAGCGAAUUAUAGUGCAUUGAAGUCUGGUGUAUAUAUUUACCUUAUUUACUGAAUGGCCACCCCUUAGAGGUGGCCAUGCCGAGGGAAGGAGCCUGUGUAGGAUCCUUCCAUUGUUCUUGAUAAUUUUGUCAAUGGCUAUUUUGAAGCCCAGUACUGUUCUUGAUUCCACAGCUUGGGCUGGUCUACCAGCCUCUGUAUGAAGAAGUAUUUCUUUAUAUUGUUGUUUGUUUGUUUUUGUGUGUAUACAAUUGUAUGUGUAAUAGAUAUACUGAACAGUACAGUUUGUAGAUAUGUACAGAUAAGCAAAUUUGUUUCUGUAAUUAUUUAUUUAAAUUAUUAAGAAUACUAAACUUUUUAUUUUAAUACAUUAAUUUGGAAGACAAAAUGCACAUUGACACAUUAAAACACUUAUACCAUUGAUGUGUGUGGUAUUAAUUGGAAAUAAUUUGUCUGUGCCUGCAUGUAAUGAGGGCAUAUUGAAAUAUAGUGGUGUUGUUGUCUGUCAUCGUUCUGUAAACUUCAGUUCCUGUGUCCUGAGAAUAAUUUCCUGUGAUUGGUUAUUUUCACAUUUUAGGGUACAUUAGUGUUACCCAAAUCAAAAUACAAACCAAGUUAAUUUUCAAAGAUUUUAGCAUUAUGAUCCCAGGCUCAUAUCUUUUAAUUAAGAAAUUAGAAAACAUCCUAAUAAGCUAUCAUGCUUAAGUAGGUGGAGUUUUACUGUACAUUAUACUACAGUAAUAGCUGCCACUAGAAGCUUGAAAAGAUAAGAUUUGUUUAGUUCUCUGGGUAGUCUUAGUACUAUCAUAUACAGUAUCCUGAGGGAUGUGAACCUUGUUAUAAAUAUUACAGGAUUUCAAUUAAUCCCAGAUGGAUAAUAGUCUUUGACUUUCAAAUAUAUGUCAGUAUGUAACUCAGGCUUAUAUUGUGUUUACUUAAGUAUACAGUAUUGUUAUUUUUGGUUGUGAUAAGUGAUAGAAGCUGCCUUCAGAUUUAUUGGUACAUGUCUAACCUUCGUGUACUUUACCCUGUUCGCCUGAUAUGAUUUGGCUAUUGGAUUAUAGUAGUGAUAAAGACACCAAAUAUUCAUGUGAAACACACUUAAUGGUAACUUUACUUGUGACAUCUUUAUAUCAAUUUUUAAGAUUGAAUUAAUAGGUGAUGCAGUAUAACCUCAAGUUCGGAUGCCUUCUUCCAUGCUGCUCAAAGUUUUGUAAAUUGCAUGCAGCUAGAAACUCCCUGUGAUGGGAUUUCCAUGGUUAGAAAAGGUUCUUUAUAUCUCCCUGUAUCCCAGAAGCAUUCUUCCUUGGUAGUUUGUUCACUUAAAGCACAAUGAUCCCUGGGUAUUUCUGGAAAUCCUUCUAAGGGGUUGCUGAGGCUUUUAUUAAGUGCCAGGACCAGGGCCAAAUGACAUGCCUUAUUUCCUUGCUUGGCCUAACCACUCUCUUACCUUGACUUUAAAAUGCACCAGAUGUAACGAUCUUGCAGUGAAAAAUUCCAUUAUUUCUUAGGGGUGACCACCUUGCACCCCAUAGAGAAAUCACAGGAGAGAAGUCUUUGCUCCUUUAUUUGCUUCACAAUAUUCCUGGAUGCCAUUUUGCAAAAGUGUUUUAUCACUUCCAGUAUGCUUGACCUUUGGUUAUUUUUCAUAUGUAUUUAGACUCAUUUAUCUGACAUAUUCUAGCCUUUCCUGCUUAAUGAAGGGUGGCUGGUAUUGAACAAAAGGCAUAUGCGCACAUUCUCCCAUCAUUUGUUCUCAUUCAUUAUUAAUAAUGUACAGCUAAUCAAGAUUUUCUGCUAUGGUGCUCCCCUUCUACAAUGCCUCAAAUGUCUAUGUGUUAUACCCAGUUGCUUCACAUAAGCCAGUACAGUAUCAUCCAUCAGCAUGUCCUUCCUCAAAUACUAUCACUCAAUGUCAAGUUACCUUUCAUUCAUGCACAAAGCUGCUUCCAGAAUUCUUAUGCCUCUCACUUCUACCGUGUCUUUUACUCUAUUCUUCCAUUUCCUCCUCAUUCCCUUAUCCUUCCUACCAUUCACUUUUAAGUUAUACACUCCUGCACAGUCCAAUGAAUAUUUUUACAGAUCCAUGCUUAUUGGCAUAUAGUAAAGCAGUUCCCACUACUCCUUAUAGCAUUUUUCAUGCUGCAUACUUAAUAUUUUGUUUUUCUGUCAUUUGUCCAUUAAAGCACUUGCUGUUUGUUUGACUUUCAGAACUUGCUUGUCUGUCAGAACUCACUCUGAUGUUAUUUUUCAUCCCACCAACUUGGCUACUGAAAAGUUUCUAUUCCAUAUUCCUUGUCAUUUCCUAUAUUUAGACUGUUGUAAUGUCUCAAUUGUGUACCUCUGGCCAUAUUCACUCAACCUUUAUCUCCUUAAACAUAGCCACCUUGGGUUCUUCAUGUUUCUAUUGUGAAUGCAACAAACGCUUAUUGGUCUGGUUGUUUGUCUGUACACAUAUCCGUCCAUUUGCCCUUGAUUUAAUUGUGUACACACAUCACGUGAUAUAGCAAUUGGAAGAAAAUAUUUCAGACAAGGAUAAUUGCAUUUACUGGGCAUAGAAAAUUCUGUUUCUAAAUUAUGGAAAAGUUUAUAGGCUUACAUUACUCCACCAGUUAAUGGUCAGUACAGUACUUGUCAAGAAUGUUAUUGAGGUACUGUACUACGAUUCACAAUGUGAUAUAUGUUUGUAUUUACUUUAUUUUAUCUGUUUUUGAACAUGUUCUCCAAAUCCUUCCCAGUGGUAUAUGACCUCUUCCAGAGUGCAUAGUUGUGACUAUUAUCUGCAUUUACUAAUAUACUCAGCUUACAGUUCUAACAAGCAGUUCCAAUUGUACACCAGUAAUAGCAAUUGAUGGCCUAAACCUUUCUAAACCAUCAAACCAGUGCAUAUGUGAAGCAGUCAAUGACAAAAUUUAGUGUACUGUACAGUACUUGAAAUCCAGACUGCUGUACACACGUUCUUUAUCCAUUGGCUUUCCUGCACCAUACAUUCCACCACCUUUUGUAAUGUUUCCCCCGUUACAGUACUUCAGUCAUAGACGUUUUUACACCACUUAAUGUUGUUAUCCAGUAUUUCUCACCCAUUAUUUUUUAUGUAAAAAUGGAGUCACAUAAUACAUUCUUCCUUAAGUCCUUUUUUUAAUACAAUGGUGUUUGCUCUCUUGCACCACCUCCCUACUGUUCACAGGACAACAAUGUAGUUCUUAUCUUCAUUCUUUGUGCCUUUUCCUUCAGUGGAACAAUCACUACAUCCAUCCAAUCCUUAAAUCUCUCACACUUAUUACCAACUCAUGUCUUUCAGGAACUAAUAAUUGAUGUUUACAAAUUACUAUUAUUUUUUUUUUGAAAAUUGGGUGACUGUUAAUAUUUAGAAAUGUAUUAGUAAGAGAUACCUGUACAGUACUGUACUUACUUGGUAAUGAGUGGUAAACUCUUUGUAGUAUCAUUAGUACAGUACCUUUCUUUAGUAAAUUCUUGAUUAAGAGUGAGAUUAAAAAUAAUUAUGUUAAAUAUGUGUUUGAGAUGAUUCUAUGGUGAACUAAGGUGACUAAAAAUUGGUCAGCAGUUGUGUUAGUGAUGAGUGCUUGGCCCACAUGAACCAAGGGCACUCUGAGAAGACAGUAGUCCGAGCUGAUGGGGGGGGAGGGCCAGAGGAAAACAUUUCUCUCAUCCUAUCAGUAAGACAAGUCUUUUUAGGUCUCAUUUGACUAAAAGAGCUAUGAACUCAUGUAUCUGUGUCAGUUGUGUGUAUAUUUUUUUCUUCAAUACAUGACAAAAUUUG